AUGCCCAGGAAACCCACCCCGGCUGGCAAGCAACGAGUACGCACGGGAUGCUUAACCUGUCGUGACGAGCAGAAGCCGCGCUGUGCGAAUUGUGAGGUGAAAGGGUUCACCUGUAAAUAUGGCACCGACCUGUCUUUUGUGCCGCCGCAGUCCGGGCUGGUCUCGGGCGGAAGCCAGGCCUACACCAACAUCACAUUCGUGGACGAAACUCCUUUAGCAGCCAACCAGACCGCGAACAAGGAGACGGUCAAAGAUCAACAGCCACCACCACAGCCAGGCCCUAAUGAUAUACAAGACCUUCAAAAUGCCAGCGACAUACCAGGAUCGCCCCCUGCUGAAGUGCAAGAUCUUUUCAUGCCCGACGCUCUUGACGAUGCUUCUGCAGGACCGUCGAUUAUACAGAAUGUGCCUAGUCUACUCAUCGGCGACCAAGAACGACAGGCACGAGAUACUCGCCUCCUAAACAGUCCCGUGCAUCCGACCUACGCUAUUUCUGAAUUCAGUGACCAGCAAGGAAUCCUGUCUUCACCGAGCGCGGGCGGCAGUCAUGAAACAGCGUUAUUGAGACAUUUCCGCUACCACAUUUCCCCAUGGAUUGAUGUGGGAGAUCCCAGCUGUACUUUUGGACUGCAGACCCUGCUUCUUUCUCGAACCAACAGGCCGGUCCAGGCCGCCAUUCUGGCCCUUUCAGCUGCGCAAAGACUCGCUAUUUCUUCAUUUACAAACAAUCAAGAUCUGGAGUACGGGCCCAAGUUUCGAAAGGAAGCUGAGGCUAGUCUGAUGAUCGAGCCUGAGUCGAGUAGACAUGCUGGCCGUGCUCUCCUCAUUCUCCAAGACUUCCUUGCGGCAGGCCCUCAAAAAUGGAGAGACUUAUUCAUACAUCUAAGAGGGGUUUAUGAUGGCUUUACGUUUCUUUCUCCUCUGGGAGAUGCUCUCGGAGAGUCGCUUUUUUGGCUAUAUUUCCGACUAGAUCUGGCAGCCUCAAUUAUGUCUUUACAACCACCGAUUCUGCCCUUUCGCUCUUUCUUGCGACGGGAUGGCUCACCUAUACACUCUUUGCCGCAGCCACCACCGCAAUCCCACUCCGUACACCGAGUAUAUAAGCACGUUUUAUGUCUUUUGGGCCAUUGUCUCGCCUUGAUCUACGGAGGCCCAGAAGCGGCCACUCCAGUAGCCGCAGGUUCGCCCGAGUUAUCCGCAUUUCCUUCCUUACGCCAAUCCCAUUUUCUGUCCCAGUGGACAUUCCUCUGGUCAGAUUGCCAGAAAUGGUAUAACGACCGACCGGUGGAUGCACAGCAGAUUGUAGACAUCCGCGGCGGCGAGGCCGACAAAAUCGACCCAGAACACUGCUCGUCUUUCCCUAUCCUCAUCUACACCACUCCACUUGCCCUUGCAGCCAAUAUUGUGUAUCAUAUCACGUCCCUCCUAUUGCUCACUCAUAAACCACGGCUUUUAAAGUCCCUCCCAGGACCACGAUGCAUCACUUCGCAUAUCUGGCACGCACAGUCAAUCGCGGGUAUCGCUGCUAGCAAUGACUCGCCAGAACAAUGGGAUCCUAUCCUUGUUGCUAGUCUUCUGCUGAUAGCGCGCGAGAUGACACACGAGUCUCAGCAGGCAGUACUGCUUGAACGACUACACAGAAUCACCACGACAACAGGGAUCAAUCUGGAAUUCGAGAUCGAGGCGCUGAAGUCCAAUUGGAAUAUGGCACGCUACGAUGAGGAUGCUGAGGAUGAAGUAGGGUAA